GCUUAGUGAUGACGUCACCGGAUGUACGAAAGCGAAAGUAGAGAACAGGGUGUGUUUUUCUGUAGUUUAAUCGAGACAACAGCGAGAGAAAAGUAAAGCGCUUCUCCUGUGCUGAUGGUGGUGUUGUGUCUCCUCAGCCAUGCAGCUCUGCAGCCUUCAUCACUGUCUCCUCUUCUUCCUCAUCCGAACAUUCACUCUUGCUCCUGUCUCAGCUCUUGAGAUCUGUUCUACACGGGGGAAGCUUCAUCAGCCAGUGACGCUCUCAUGUACAUCUACAUGUUCUGGUUCAUUGAUAUGGAACUUAUAUUAUAGUCGUGAUGUUGUCCUGGCUGAGUGUAAUCCGACAUCAUGCUGGGCAGACAAGGGAUUUAGUAUCUCUCAUGAUAAAUACCUGAAGGGAGAUUUCUCUCUCACCAUCACUAAAGCUGAUUACAGUCAGAGGAACGUGUACGCAUGUGAAUGUAGAGACUCAGACUACGCUCUUGUGCGCCUUGUCAUAGAGACUGUGUUCACACCAGUUCAGAUGAAGUAUGAUGAAGAUCUGAAGCUGAAGGUGUCUGUACCAGAGCCAGUGGAGGUGAUUUAUAAAAGCAGUGAUGCAGCUGAUAAAGUGAUCUGCAGUGUGACUAACGGCUCACUACAGUGUAAAGAUGAUUACAGACACAGAACAUCACUCACUUACCCUGAGCUCACACUGGGUCACAUGAUGCCGAGGGAUAGUGGAAGUUACACCAUCCGGGACACCAAGAAUAAAGAAGACAUUGAGAUAUACGCCGUGUCUGUGGAAGAAAAGCCUGGUUUUCCUGCAUGGGGGAUUGUACUGAUACUGAUUCUGCUCUGCUGCUGUGUUGGAGCAGUAAUGUUCCUACUGUAUAAAGGCCAUAUGAGAAAACAGUUGGAGAGGCGACUGCAACAAGUGGACCAGCUUGUACAGGAGGCUUUAGGAGGAGGAACAGAGGAGAAGAUCAGAGAAGCGGAGACGUCAGUCGAACAGCUGCAGCAUCAGUACAACAAGACUGUAUAUGAACUCCAGGUCACAGUGUUCUGCAGGGAAAAGAGGAUACAGCUGGUAUGUUUCUUAUUUGUUCUCUCUCUCUCUCUCUCUCUCUCUCUCUCUCUCUCUCUCUCUCUCACACACACACACACACACACACACACACAGUCUAUCAGAUUGUUAGAGUUUUUCUCUUUACACUUUAUUCUGUUCAUCUGUAGUUGUAUAUAAACAUCAGUAAACUGUUUAAGUCGUAUUUGAUUCAUUUC